ACUUGACAUAAACAGGAAAUUCGGUAGAAAAGUGAAUGUGAAUGGCACUGAUUUUGGAGAGCGAGCCGUGGAUAUUUGAUUAUUUUUUAGUUAUUAACAGUUCUACAUGGUAGCAGGAAGGUUAAUUUUUUGAAAUAAAAAUGUCGAGUAGUGCUCCUCUUGUUGUGCGAUUACUAGCUUCAUCAGUGUCAGUGGCAAGCAGAGCUGGCAAAAUAGUUCGCGAUGUUAUGAGUAAAGGAGAAUUAGGCAUAGUGGAAAAGGGCAAAGAUGAUUAUCAAACAGAGGCUGACCGGUCUGCGCAACGCUGUAUUGUCGCUUCGCUUUCUGCCCAGUACCCAAAAGUCAAUAUUAUUGGUGAAGAGGAUGGUCCUGAAAGUGAAAGUGAGCUGCCCAGUGACUGGAUAAUCUCUGAAGCAGACAAGGAAGUGUUAUCUCUGGAAUGCCCGGUCAACCUGCACAGCGUGAAGGAGGAGGACAUUGUUGUGUGGGUGGACCCUCUGGAUGGCACCUCAGAGUACACCCAAGGUGCCCUAAUGUUGAAGAGAGAUCCUUGGGAAAGAUGGAAAAUGUACUUGACUCAUCCACUUAUAAGUAUUAAGUGGUAUUUAAGUUUGCUUCAAUCCAACUAUGGAUUUCUUGAGCAUGUUACUGUUUUAAUUGGCAUAUCAGUCAAUGACAAACCUGUAGCUGGUGUCAUCCACCAACCUUACUACAAAACUAUGCUGGAUGGUGAGAAAAUUAUGGGCAGGACUAUAUGGGGCUUGCAAGAAGUGGGAGUGGGAGGGUUCACCCCUGCCCCUCCUCCUGCCUCCCUCAUCAUUACAACUACAAGGAGUCAUUCAAACCCAUUGGUUGAGAAAGCAUUGCAAGUUAUGAAUGCCGGUCAGAUUGUACGAGUUGGUGGAGCAGGCUUUAAGGUACUUCAACUAUUGGAAGGCAAGGCUUCAAUUUACGUAUUUGCCAGCAGUGGUUGUAAAAAGUGGGACACAUGUGCUCCAGAGGCAGUAUUAUCGGCGGCUGGCGGCAAGUUGACUGACAUUCUUGGCAACUACUACAAAUAUGGGGGAGCAGAGUCGAGGCCCAACAAAACUGGAGUUUUGGCAGCCGUUAAUGACGAAUUGCACAGCUACGCCGUUAAAAGAAUUCCACAGGAAUUAAAAGAUGCAUUAUCUAAAUAGACAUGUUUGUAUAGUUGAUGAGAUCAAAUGUAAAUAAAACUUGGUGGUGCCCUUCA